AUGUAUAAAGCAACGCCUAAAGCCAAAAACUCAGCAGAUCCAAGUGACGGCAGGCUGCUGGUGUGUCGGCUGGACAACCCAUCCCUGGGAACAGAGAAGGAGGCCAGGCUGCUGCUGUACCAGGACAUGGACUCAGACCUGGACAACCUGAGCUGCUCCCAGCGACUCAGCAGAGCCCAGUUCACCAUUUCCCUCAGCCAGGAUGAACACAACCAGACUAUCCCUCGUCAGUCUUCGCCCACAGCCUGGCAGGUGCUGUACGCUGACAGAUACACGUGUGAGGAAAACUCAGCAACGCCGUCGUUCGCUGACCUCGGCUUCACUCUCCUGCUGUUCAACCCCGACUCUGCUGGGAACCCGCUGGAUCACUUCAGCGCAGAGGAAGCAGGGCUGCACAGUUUCUACUUCCUCCUACUGCUCGCCUACUUCAUCGCCUGCUGCAUCUACUUCCAGCCUCUGUAUCAGGCGCUGAAGAAAGGGGGCCCCAUGCACACGGUCCUCAAGGUGCUGACCAUGGCCCUGGCUCUGCAAGGCUGCUCUGCCCUCUGCAACUACAUCCACCUGGCCAGGUAUUCCAGAGACGGUACUGGGAUCCCCCUGAUGGGCAGCCUGGCAGAGUUCUGGGACAUGGUGUCUCAGGUGUCCAUGCUGUACAUGCUGCUGAGCCUGUGUAUGGGCUGGACUCUGAGUCGAGGCAGGAAGCCGCAGUCCAGACCGCUACAGUGGGAGCGCUCCCCGGCGUCCACGGCCGUCGCUGUCGGCGGCGUGGUCACACAGGGGGUCCUGCUGCUGUGGGAGCAGUACUCUGAGUCAGAGAGCGAACACCACAGUUAUCACGCCCAACGAAGCCUAGCAGGUCUCCUCCUCCUGGCUCUGAGAGUGGCGCUGUCCCUCCUGCUGGCCUCCGUCCUCUACCAGAUCGUCUCCACAGAGAGGAGCACCCUGAAGAGAGACUUCUACCUCUGCUUUGCUAAGGGCUGCUUCCUGUGGUUCCUUUGUCACCCUGUCCUCGUCCUCAUGUCUGUGGUCUUCAACGACCACCAGAAGGAAAAGGUCAUCACCAUCGGCGUGAUCCUCUGUCAGUCCAUCUCCAUGGUGAUCCUCUACCAGCUCUUCCUGUCCCGCUCGCUCUACUGGGAGGUGUCCUCCCUCUCCUCCGUGUCUUUGCCACUCACCAUGUCCAGAACGAACCACAGGGGGCGCCUAUGAGCACAGAUACCGAGGUUACGGUGAGAACUGAAGCGUCUCUGUCAGACGCAGCAGGAGAUGUCCCCCUGCACCGUCCUCUGUCCCACAUUAGAGCUACCACUGAGCCGUGGACAGAGGACAGUACUUACUGCAACAUACUACCUCUGACUUCUAACUGGAGCCUCUGGGAUGCAAAAUGCAUGGCCAAGCAUGCAUCAGCUGGCGAGGUAGACGUCAGCAGAAAACCAUGAUGAAGAACUUGAGAGAGUGCAAAAUCACAAGCAAUCACAAUUAGAUUAUUUUUAAAGGCUUUACCUGCAAAUCGCUGAGUCAGCCACGAUUGGGGUAGUCUGCAUGUAGAUAGGCUUCCCCGCAACAGUUUUCAUUCCCCUUUUACCACAAGCUUGAGCUUAUUUUAUUAGCAUUUUAUGUGAUAGACCAACAUGAAUUAAAGUGGAAGGACAAAAACAUGAUGUUCAGGGGUCAGUUUCAGUUUCCCAAUAAGCAAAACUUCAAUUCUGGUCUCUCCUGAGGCCUUCACAGAACAUCUGGAUUUAUUCUGAAAUGUAAUUACAAAUUAAUGGAUGCUGUUUGCUAAUUGCUAGUAAAGACAGUGGCUUGUAUUCCAGGGUAUCAUCAGGGUUAAGGGAGAUGAAAACAAAUGUACGCCACUUCUAUGUUGGUGUGCAAUAAAUUUUUAGACCCAUGUACAAUUUUUAUUGCGUUCUAGCUAAACUUCUCUUUUUCCUAAUGAAAUCCUAAUAAAAUGUGGUUCUAGUGUGAGUAUUCAAGAGGGAAAAGAAAUCUCCAAUACUGACGUUUUUCCUCUCAAAAUUCAGACUUGUAGCGUAAAAUUCUAACUUAAAUCAUAGAAUGUCAGAAGUCUGACUUUUUUUUCUUGAUUUUUUUCCAGAAUU